GAGUGUACGGUAGAAAACCUCUUUAGAAAAUCCUCACCCCCAAGCUCCAGCCUUCCUCUCUCCGCCCAAAACCCUAACCCUAGUUCCUGAUCUCUAUCUCUCUCUCGCCCCUUGGCAAACCCUAACCCAAAACCUAGCUCUAGUGCCUUUCCCUCUCUUCUUCUUCUAUUUCAGUCUCCUUCUUCAAACCGUAGAUCUCUCCAAUAUGUCCAGCGCCUUGGACAUGUCCCUCGACGAUCUCAUAAAAAACAAUAAGAGAUCUGGAGGAAAUUCCAGCAAUUCCAGGGGCAGGGGAAGAGGAUCCGGUCCAGGGCCGGCCCGCCGCACCCCGAACCGGUCGGCGAACCGGUCUACACCAUAUUCUAUGGGAAAGCUGGUUCAAGCACCGGAAUCGGCAUGGCAGCAUGAUAUGUAUGCAGAUCAGGUGGCAGCUUCUGCGGUGCCGGCUGUUAGAGCGUCUGCGAUCGAGACGGGCACUAAACUAUAUAUCUCGAACUUGGACUACGGUGUCUCGAACGAGGACAUAAAGGAGCUCUUUUCAGAAGUUGGUGACCUGAAACGAUACUCGAUCCAUUAUGAUAGGAGUGGAAGAUCAAAGGGAACGGCAGAAGUUGUCUUUUCACGGAGAGCUGAUGCUGCAGCAGCCUUUAAGAGAUACAACAAUGUGCAGCUUGAUGGAAAGCCAAUGAAAAUAGAGAUUGUUGGAACAAAUAUUGUAACCCCUGCUGCUAUCCCUCAGGUUGCAAAUGGCUCAUCUGGAAAUCCUACCAGCAUUGCUAGAAGUGGUUUGCAGGGAAGAGGAGUCUCUAUGGGACGGCCUCGAGGUGGUGGAGGGGGUGGGCGUGGAUUCAGUAGAGGGGGCCGAGGACAGGGAAGGGGCCGUGGUGAGCAGAAGACUGCAGAAGAUCUCGACGCUGAGCUGGAGAAGUACCAUGCAGAAGGAAUGCAAAUCAACUGAAACCGUCUCUUUUGGCCUCUGGGUUCUUUGGUGAACUGUGGCUUUGCUUUGUUGGGGAUGUAUAUUUGAUAUCCAUCCUCAGACAUUUGUGUGUAUUUCUACCAACGGUGCUUCAGUGAAGAGGAACGACAUGCAAUAGAGAAUUGUUACUGGUUUAUUGGGGGGGCUUGUUUGCAUUUUCUUUCUUCAUUUCUAACUGUAUUCGCUCCUUUUGAUUACGACAUGGUAUAACUUUGAAGUUAAUGGACAGCUGCUGAGCUUGCUGUGCGUA